GGUAAAUACCAGUUUCCGUUCUAUUCUAAGAAUCCAACCAUUCUCUACACCUCGUUCCUCGUAUAACAUCCGAAGACGAUAUUAGGGAUUUUUCCCCCUUCCGAAGCAACUAGAUUUAUCAGUUAUAAGGUACUAAGUGUUGAAGAUCUAUCAAUAACUCCACAAAGAAGAAGAAGAAGAAGAAGAAGAAGAAGAAGAAGAAGAAGAAGAGAUUUUGUGCAGAGUGAGCUACCACCACGACUGGGAUUCAGCUUUACAGCUGCUAAGGAACCUAUCCUUUUUUAACUGCUCAGAAGAUCAAACCUCUGACAUCUGGGAGAUGUAUGUGGAAGAGUUGCAGAAGAAAAAUCAGGCAUGGCUUGGUCGCAUGCUUAUGAGAGCAACUGCCAGGAAAUUGUUGGGUGAGGGACAGUCUUGGACAGCAGAUAGGUCUGAGAAAAAUGGUGAUCAUACUGAAGGAUGUCCCUCUAUGGUGAAGCUGCAGAAGGAAAACAAAGAACCUGAGAUUAGAAACUCAACCGACAAAAAAGGCAAGUCCGGGGUGAAAGAUAGUUCUUACCUGAAGGGUGAUGCACCUCCAGCUACCACUCCCGUGCAGCUGCGUUUGGAAAAGAAAAAGCACAGAAAAACUAUGUUAACUGACCUCACAAUGCUUCCCAAACUAGUAGGAGGGCAAGGUGGAGAGAACAUUAAUGGUACCCUUGAAGCCCAUGUGGAUGGGUUCCGAUAUACAACCUCAAGACCAGAUUUCUGUUUAGAUUUUCGGUAUGAUGCUCUAGAGAGUGCAUUCUUUCAAGAAGGAGAUGACAGGACCCCGCCUUUCUUGCACUUCCGGUUGCGUCACAGCAUAAUGGUGGGGAAAGAAAUUACUGAGGACAUUCAAUUCCAUUUAGUGUCAACCCCUAUGGGGCAGAAGACAUCUGAUCGUAACGAUGAUUUAAAUAUAUUUGUUGACAAAGUUCGACAUAAAUGGAGAGUUGGCGUUGUAUUUCAAGAGGUAGAGAAGAAGCAUGAAUUUCAUGGGGUCUUGCCUUCUAAGGCGUCAGGUGUGUUCGCCCUAACUUACUUUUCCCUAGUUGGGCUUGUUGGAAAACCUUUCAUUGUUGUCCCACUAAAAGCGGUUGAGCUUGUAUAUCUGGAGAAGGUUUCACCCAGGGAAAUUGAUAUGACAGUUGUAUUUGAAGACUAUAAUCAUCAGGUUUUUCAAAUCAACUCAAUUCCCUUAACAUCAGUUGCUGACAUAAAAUUUUGUCUUGACCUUGGGGACGUGAAAUACUAUGAGAACGAUAAGAAACAAAACUGGAAAUCCAUUAUGAAAGGAAUCGGAAGGAACCCACAAGAUUUCGUCGAGAAAGGUGGAUGGGAGAUCUUGAACGCUAAUGGUAGUGGUGGUUACGAGGCUGAGAGCUUGGACAGUUCUUCCGAAGUGGAUAACGAUGAAUAUGAUUAGGCACCCAGUGGCAAAGGCUUUUUCUUUUGGAAGUUACUAGUCUCGGUUAUUCAUGUCUUGUUGUUUUAGGUAUUAUUCUCUAUAUGGUUCUUCCAUAACUUGAGACACUGCCUGGUUUUUUCUAGUGUGUCAGUUAUAUCAGCCGUUUUGGCGGUCACUUGUUGUUUUAGGUAGGGCUGGGGUAUUAUUCUCUAUAUUGGUUCUUCUAUAACUUGAGAUAAUGCCUGAUUUUUUCUAGUGCGUGUAUUCCAAUAUCAGCCGUUUUGGCAGUCACUUGUUGUUUAGGGAUGGGGUAUUAUUCUCUAUAUGGUUCUUCCAUAACUCGAGAUGAUGCCUGGUUUUUUCUAGUGCGUCUAUUCCAAUAUCAGCCGUUUUGGCGGUAACUAAUUUUUCUGGUUAUAAA